UUCGUGUGAGGACUAUCUUUGUUUUAAUACCAACCCUCCUUGUUCGACGGAUUAUAUUUCAUGCAGUGGGUACUCGUCUGCGACAUUUGAGCGCUGCUUGCGUGCGUUGCGAUGGAAAGAAAUAAAGAAAUCCUCAUCGUAUUUCUCGUUUUUAUUGCCGAUUACGUUCUGGGCGAUGUUUAUUACAAUUUCGUUAAUCGAGAAGACCCCUGCAUCACGCUUUGCGACAAAACUCCCCUGUCAUUUAGCGACACGAAUCAUGCCAAAUCUUGCUGUCAACGUGGUUGUACUUUUUUCAAUCUAGUCGAUGUUCGUCAUGGCUUGGAACCUGAAAGUUUAAAUGGAACAAGAGAUGCCUGCGAAGCUUCAUGCAUCGAGGCAUAUUCUACCCCUCAAGAUCGCUACUCCUGUAAUACAGGCUGCGAGUUUAUGGCCAAGGAACGGGUAUCUCAACUCGUCUCUCUCUUUUCUGUCGCUAUUUACGUCGAAGAGGGACCUGAUUCUAGUAUCCUUCUAAUGUCUCCUGACAUGCCCGAAAGCGAUAUUCUCACCGAUCCCGGACUGAGGAAAGAGCUUUUGCCUGGCUGGUGGGAUUCGGAAGGAUUUAAACUACCGCAAACUUACAUCAAAACAGUUCCGAUCGACUCAGGGGCUGUGGAUUAUGGCAUUCCAUCUGACUACUCUGGUGAAACCGAGCAAUCAGCAUCAAUCCCAGGUUCCGAUUGGCUGCAGUGUGCUUCGCGACAUACAGGGAUGCCACAGUGGGUUUUAGCUGCAUCGAUGAUAGCUGCUGCACUGUCCGCUCUCUGGCUUUGUUUGUCCGCUGACAAAUCAAGCGACCUGCAGUCUGAAGAAUUGAUUAGUGAAAAGUCAAGCCCUUCCAAUAAGUUGACAAUACUUAUAUUGGACGAGGCACCUUUAAAUAAGAUUCCGCCACCCAAAUACAGCGAGAUUGAUAUGAAUGUUGAAAAUAUAUGAAAGAGGCUUUGAAUAGGAAAGCAUGAAUUUAUUCGCAAAUUAAGGUACUUCAUUUGUUACUAACACAUGGCAGCGUGUUAAUUUAUUUCAAAGUUUGAAAAAGAUGAUAAUUUAUGUAAAACGAAAACAAAGAUUAACAUGUAAUGAAGAUUUUGGUAAGCUACAGUUUACUAAAUGAUAAUGUUAUGAGGUUUGGAUGUUUUUCUUAGGAUAAGCUAAAAGAUUGAAUGAUUAUUACAUUUGUUCCUGCUCAGGUACGUUAUUCUUUAUAUAUUACAUAUUUGUCUUAUCUUGAUGGAAGCAGUCAUGAUCUGAAAUAGAAACAUUACGAAUCAAAUCAAAAAGUUGGAGAAAAAUGGUGUAUAAACUUUUAAAUCAUUUGACCAAAUAUUAAAAAAUUCUCAUUUGUGAUGCGGAAGAAAAGCUUCCAUAUAAUUCCUGCAAAAAGCUUUCUAAAUUAUACAUUAUCAAGACGUUGCGUUAUUUUCAAUAAUCCUUUAUAUGCCAAAAGUUCACAUUGUUGUAAUUCAGAGUACGAAAGUCGCUCAUUGCCUCAGACUUUUUUACUUACCCAUGGAAAAAAAGUUACUUCAACUGUGUUGAAUUUUUGGAAUUCAAAUUCAAAAACGAUUUAUCUGAUAGUGAUGCCCAAUUCAUGAUAAUUUUCUCCCUACUGAGCGUAUGAAUUAAUUCGCAUAAAUGAAAGUCUCGAAAAUACUGUUAUAUAGAAUUAAGAUUCAAAAACAACUGAAACGUUUUUCGCUUCUGCGGGAUAACGUUGGAAUUGAACGUUUAAUUUUAAAGAGGAAAGAUGUACAUUGAAACUGAAAUUCGUAAUUUUCCUAUAUAACUGUGAUUCAAAUUCCAAAGAUGCACUGUCAUAUGUUUUCUGUGCAUAUGCAGUAUCGAUGUUCGACCAAUUCGAAGUUUGAAUUUUCAAUAUUUUAUAACCAAUUACCUACCUAUAUUAGCUUGCUCAAAUUAAGUUUGUGUUAUAUUCGUACCUAUGGCGUACCUAUAAUAUGCAUGCAUAUGUAGAAAUUGUGAAUCCGUAAUUCUUAAUCAUAUCUGAAAUACUCAAACAAAAGUUCGUAAAAAUUCUAACAUUAAACUUUGCAAGUAAAAUGAAAUACCGAUACUACUCUAAGUUACCAAACAAUCAAUAAUCCACCCAAGGUACAACGAAGAUCACCACCUGAAAUCUAAUCAAAUCUGAGUAAUGAAUUACGUAAUGGCGAAAUGUGGAUUUAUCAGAAAUUUUUAGGCCUGUUGCCAAAUACUUUUGAGGUAUGCAUAGCAUAUUUGCACACGAAUACAUAUGUAUAAGUAUUUAAAUAUGUAUAUUAUAAAAUACUCUUAAGUCGAGAAUAAUUUUAAAAAAUAUAUAAAUAUACGUAUAUAAAAAAAAAUAUAUAUUAUAAAAUAGUGGAAAAUUUUCUCCUCUCACUAAUCACAAUAUGGACCUUUGUGAAAAAGACAUAUCUCAGUAACUGAGACACGUCUCUUUCAUUCAGACUCAUUGCCAAUCUUACGUAAGAGUAAACCAAUGAAAACAAACAAAUAUUUAAGUUCAGACAGGUACAUCAUGUUUUGACUUUAGGUUAGUUAAAUCUGAUUCAGUUUAGUUGUGAUGAGAAAAAGUACAGCCAAGCAAGCGCAGCUGCGUGUAGAGUCCUAAUCAAAAUUAUGGUGGGGCAAAAUAUUUGUUUGGAAACCGAUAUUGAUAAGGAGGCCUGAAUUAGAAUGAGACUGGUUCCCAGGAACGUCAUACACCUAUUUGUUUCAUAUUAUUUGACGUACUUGACGAUUAAUUUCAAUCACCCAGAUAGCAAAAUACCAAUACACUCUAUAAACACUCAUGCAUACUUUGAUUUAGAUUUAUAAAAACUCCACACACUCAUCUAUAAACACAAUUAUGCACUCGUCGUUAUAUAGAACUUUACUACCACUGUUAGUUGAGUACGUGCAUUUAGACCUUGAUUUUAACGUACUUAUUAUAAACCCAGUAUUAUAACACCGUACGGAAAUUAUUUGCGACAGAGGAAAAAAGUUUUUGAGAGGCCCUAUCUAGACAGCUGCUAUCCGGACAAUUAUAUUUACUAAACUUUACAUCUAUUGUGUACGAGUAUCAAAGAAAUGGUCUGAAUGCACUGCUUAAAACCAAGUUUAAAACCACCUGAAGUGAUAAUUAAUAGAAAAACAUUUUAUCACUAAUAUAAAACGAUUAGAAUUUUGUGUUGCGUGAUGCAAAUUUUAUGCAUAUCCGCACGAUAACUGUACAGAACUUUUAUCUUUUCAAUUACUUCCUUUUCCUGUUUUUCCUAAACUAUCAAUAAUUGCUUGUCAAAUGGAGGUUCACCUAAUAUUUUUAAGAUUACGUAAGAUUAUGUAAGCAAUAAAUCGUCUGAAACAGUUCACAAUUAAUACGCUUUCCAUAAUCAAAUAAUAUAAUUCAAAAUAGUGUUAAUCAGUUUAGUGCGCUAGAUUUUUGAGCAAUGCAAUCCUUUCUCUUCAAACACCUACUAACGUAAGCUUCUGUCAAUGUCUUUAAAAUCUUCAAGGUGAUCCGAGUCUAAGAAAAUCAGUGUUUAAUUUUUUUACCUGCAUCUUAUAUAUAUUAUAAAUACUUUUUUUUAUCUGGCGCAGUCUCACGCGUUUUGAUAACUGUCACGAAUUAUUCAAAUUAUUUACUAAGUAAUCCUUAGCGCUACGGAACACCUUGAAAGUCUCAGUGUAUGUGCUUUUCGGAAAUAUGCGAUUAUAAUAAUGUAACGUAACAUUUUCUGCAUUUAUAUUAUAAAAAUAUUCAUGAAUAAGAAUAUUCUAAUUUCUUUUUUCAGUAGGGAAACGGGUUACACUCGAGAACAGAAAAUAAAACACCUAUACGUGUAUACGUUUUUGAUCUCAACUACAUCAUUCGAGAAAAAAUUUAGCUUACAAAACUCAAAAUCUUGAUUAAAUUGACAUACACAGUUUCUUAAAUCUAUCAAGUAAUCUUGCCAUAUGUUUAUAAACAGAAUGGUGGAUAGAAAAUGAUAUUUUGUAGACUUAGAGAACUGUACGUUAGAAUGAAUCAAGACUGAGAUGUUCUGAUGGAAUACAGUGCCAGACUUGACAGUAAAAAAGUUUUAAGUCAUGUUAUUACGCAAGAUUGAAAAUAAAGAUAAUAAUGUGUCAUUGAGGUA